GUGUCAGGUCUGCACCUUUGGGCUCUCUCUCCUUCGGGCCAGAGGAUGGCUGUGCUUUAUCAGAAGGCUGUCUUGGAUAUGAUCAAAGAGUUUAGACGGAAUUGGCGUGCGCUGUGCAGCUCGGAGCGAACUACUGUGUGCGGAGCAGACUCCAUGCUCUUGACACUGCAGCUUUCCGUGGCAGAGAGCAACAAACAGUACAGUGGAGAAUUUACGGUCUCUCUCAGUGAUGUGUUAUUGACCUGGAAAUACUUAUUACAUGAGAAAUUGGAUUUACCGGUUGGAAAUAUGGAAGUGAUUGACCAUUAUGCGGACAUUAGGAAGAAUUAUGAUGAUUUCUUGAAGAAUAGUAACAUGCUAGAUCUGAUUGAUGUUUAUAAAAAAUGUAAGAUUUUGCCUUCUACCUGUGAAAAGAAUGACAAGCUGUCUCCUAAUCAACUACAGGAUUUUCUGUUUGGCAAACAAUACACAGGAGAUGAUGAAAUCAAUCUAUAUGUACCGACAUCACCAACAAGAAAAGACAACCAGGACACAGAAAAGGCGCAUUUGCUAGCCAAGAAGAUCAUCUAUUCAUAUUUGAAUUUGCUAGUAAAUUCAAAGAAUGACCUGGCUUUGGCUUAUAUUCUAAAUAUUCCUGAUAGAGGACUUGGAAGAGAGGCCUUCACAGAGCUGAAACAUGCUGCUCAGGAGAAGCAGCUGCCCAUCUUUCUGAUGGCCACAUCAUUCAUUCGAACAAUACAGCUUGGAGGAAAAGGAUAUGCGCCCUCUCCAUCUGAUCCCUUAAGGACUCAUGUGAAAGGAUUGUCUAAUUUUAUUAAUUUCAUGGAUAAAUUAGGUGAGAUUCUUGGAGAAAUCCCAAAUCCAAGCGUUGCAGGGGGCCGGAUACUCUCAGUAAUAAAGACGCAGCUGAUGAAAGGCCAGGACAGCAGGGAUCCUUUCUGUGAAGCAGUAGAGCAAGUGGCUCAGGAUUUGGAUUUGAGGAUUAAAAAUAUUAUCAGUUCUCAACAAGGAGAUGUAGCUGUGUACACCACUGAUAUCAGUCCUGCACGGCCUAAAUCACAUGCCAUAAACCAUGGCACUGUGUACUGUGGCAGAGACACUGUGAAAAUUCUCCUGGUUCUUUUGGAUGAAGAAGCUGCUGAUGCACCCACCAAAAACAAAGCAAAACUUUUAUAUGAUGAUGAAAAUCUAGUUCAUUGUAAUGGGACGUCUAUUCUUACUCUUUUCAGAUCUCCGACACAAGUGAAUAACUCAUUGGAGAAACCCUUAAGAGAACGUGUCCAGAAGUCCAUACAAGAGAAAAAUAAGCAGGUAAAGCAAACCUUAAUUAGGUCCCAGUUUGCUUGUACUUACAAAGAUGACUGCAUGAUAAGCAAGUAUAAAUGGAAUAGUGUUAAUUCGGCAUCAGACCCUUUGUGUGUGCUUCUAAUGGAAAAUGACUCUUCUGAAGGUGUAAAAAUAUCUGCUGGAAGACUAACAAUUGGAACAAGUUCUGGAAAUGUUCAUCAGGACAGAAGUAAAAAUAAAAACAUAUCAAGAAAAUCAAGUACGCGGACAGGAAAUAAGAACUCAAAAAGAAAACAGUUGGAUUUGGAUGGUGAAAAUAUUUUUUGUGAUAAUGGAAAUGAACAGCUUGAACAGAAAGAUACUAAGAUACCUAAGACAUCAAAGGAUUCACAGAAAAAGUUGGAUGUCAAAUUAGCUCGAAAAGUAAAAGGCAACAAAUGUACCACUAAGGUCAAAUUGAUUAGUGGCCAGACAAAAUUAACUCAAUUUUUCAGACUGUGAAUUUGUCUUCUAACUAUAUAAAACCCACUCACCAAGGACAUACCCUUGGUUUCUAAAAGGUUCAAGGUGCAAUUUACCCAUGGCUUUAUUGUAUUGAUCUGAAGUGUGUUUAAGGUAUCAUGCUAAUUUGUUAAAAAGUAUGGAUUGUGAUAAGAGUUGUAUGAACCCCUAAUAAAAUGAUUAAAAAAACAACUAAUAAGUCAUAAUCUUGCAGAAGUUUCAAGAAGUUUAAUAAUUCAAGGAAAAAGCAUA